AUGGGACGCGCAGCGCAAACGAUCUCCUUUGCACUAUUGAUCUCUUCGGCAUACCUUUUACUCGCACUUCCUCUCCUGACCGAGGAUUCGCCGGUGCCUUCCAUCCUGCCACCAAAAAUCCAGGUGGAAAUCAUUCCAGUCCUUCCCCUCUGGGCCCUCGUGAGUCUGGGCGCAUAUCUGCUGGGACGACUAGGACUGGGCGUCCUACGAUUCAACGAUACAAAGGAAGCCUACACCGAACUUAUGGGGCAACUUGACGAGGCAAGGAAAAGUUUGGAUGCGAGGAAAAUUCGUUGGGAUUGA